CAAGUGUUUUGUUAGGGAUAUCAGAAUCAGAAAAUGAGAGGAAUCGGAGGGCCUCUCCUAUGCAUCGGAGAUCUUCUUGGCGACGUUGGAGACGAAGGAGGAGGAGACUCUCUCCGUCGUGAAGCAUCUCCUUCUUCUCUUUCAAUUCUCAACAACGCUCCUCCAGAUCCACUUCCUGACCUCACCAACCUCUUCCAGGAAAAUUACGAGCACUUGAAUUCGGCACUUGCUGGCUCCGACCAUUCUUGGACUUCCCUUACCUUGAAGUUAUGCACUGCUUUAGAAACUGCAAACGAGCUGGUUCAGUCUACCAACUCAAAUGUUUCGUCUUUGUUAGAGAAGGUUGAGGAGCUUCAGAAAAUUGUUAAGAGAGGAGAUUCUGCCAUAGCGGCAGCAAAGACAGUUUAUGUUACCCCUGACAACCAUAUUGGUGCUUUAAAGUGAAACAAGAUGUGAAGGAGGAUCCAAUGCCAUGCCUAAAAGCUAGACUGUAAGGAAGGGAGACACCUCUUUCAAAAGAAGUUCUGUGUUGCACACCCUACCAAUGUGGGUUUCACCCUCCUGUGUCUCACGAAUACCCUGAAAAAUCAAGUGGGAGCUUUUUGGUAUAAUAUGAAAAUGGAGGUUCUGUUUGUGUAGAAUCUGAAAAUAUCUCAGGUGUAAUUUACUCUAAAAAAUUGGAAUGCAUUGAAAAUCAUACCAAAUUGAGGAAACAAAAUAUAUCUGAAAAUUAUUAAACUGGAAAUUUGGCAUCUUUGGGGUCUCUCAGUGUGAAUUUGGAUGGCAGUAAGCUAAAUUUCCACCCCCUUGUAAUGCCCUUUCCUUUUCCUAUUAACCCCCCCUGCCCAAGCCCUUGCCAGGGGAAAGAAAAUUUUGCCUUAAGGCUAAAUUACUGUCAAGGGAAGUUAUAUGCUGAAAAUUCAACUUGUGUAGGAAGUAAAAAUAAGUUCUGUGUUUACUGUUGGCUGUCAUCUUUAAAUGUUAACUGAACGAUCACCUUUUAUUAAGUUUUGCUGAGACGUAAUGUCAGCACUCAGUUGUAGACUUGUAGCUUGCUUUCCCCAUAAACUCACUGAAAUACAGAAGAAUU